GCACGGGCUGCGUUGCGUCGUCGUCGCGUUGUUUGGUCGAAUUAUCGGUUGACCGUCGUCGUCAGCUCAGUGCGCAAGAAGCUCAGGCGUGCGUGUUUCGAAGUUCCCCUCAACGUACGAGCCACCCAUCGAAAAGCUCUCAGUUUGCUGCCCACAUGAGUGCAGUCUAUGUCAUAUCUAAAAACAACAUCGAAACGCAUAACGUGCGCAAACAAUUUCCUUCUUCAAAGCGGAAAGUUGUAUUGCAGCAGUUUAACGAAUAUGGAUCGUUACAUAAACUAGAAUUGCCGGAUAAUUGACAGUAAAAGUGAAUCCAACUGCUCGGUCACCUGCUAACUCAUCACGCUUGGCCCAGUCAAAGUCAGACGUAUAAUGCUGUUCGAUCGGUGUAGGACGUGUUUUUAGGCUGCGGUCGGCUUAUCACAAAGAUCGUAAAACCAUCCCAAAGGAAGCAACCAUGAUGGAAGGACUGCACAGCGGAGUAGUCAAGUGCGGUGGCUAUCGGUACGACGACGGGACACGCUACAUCGGAGACUGGAACCAACGUGGGCAGAAGCAUGGCAUGGGUUCGAUGAUGUUCUCGGACGGGACGCGCUACGACGGAGCUUUCAGCAACGGAGUCUGCUCAGGACUUGGAGUGAUGUGUUUUCCGGAUGGUGCCAAAUACGAGGGAGAAUUCAUGCAGGGCUGGUUCCACGGCCACGGAGUCUUCUGGCGUUCGGACGGCAUGAAGUACGAGGGCGAAUUCCGCGGCGGACGUAUUUGGGGCCUCGGAUUGAUCACGUUCAGCGAUCAGAGUCACGGAUUUCCAAGGAACGAAGGAUUCUUCCAGGACUGCCGGCUGGUGCGCAAGAAACGAUGUCCGGACGUAAUUCAGCGCGCUCAGAAGGUGGCCCUGAUGGCUAGAGCGCAGUGCGAUCAGGGUAACUGAUCUCAACGAUUUUAAUUCAACCCUCUAGCCC